UUCUAGGUAACGGUAUGUAAGUAUUAUUGUGUUCCCUCAUCCUCUUCCCACCUCUUCGUCUCAUUAUUCCUGUUCCCGUUGCUAUGCUAUUUCCCAUCUCCCCUCUCUUUCUCCCACCUAUUAUUAUUGUUAAGCAAUAAUGAUACCUGGGAACACACGACAAUAUCACCCCAUUCAACACCAAUGAAAGGAAUUAUACACACACAUACCUACCCAACUUUUAAAACUUAUAUUUUAUAACUACCUACCUACAUUACAAUAAACUAACCUAGGCACCUAACGACUUACACGCAAGCUGCUAACAUACUUCAGACAACAUACGGUUUGCAGUUUAGCUUUGGACUUACAGAGGCCCGUCCGUAUUAGCUGCUCAUCGUAACAUCGUACCCAUCGCCAAUUAAUAUCCGACUCCAUCAUCAACUUUAACCCCCCCCUCCCCCCCCGCCAUCUACCUCAUCCUUCCCCUCCAAUCUAGUGCAUCUCACCACCCCCGUCUCCUCCCCCGCAAUUACUUGCACCUUGGUACACCACUGGACCCCCGGUGCUCGAGCGUUAGGGGUAGUGUAUCUGAUUCUGAUUCUGAUAUGAGGCACGCGGCCACCACCGAGACUUAUCAACUUACAUCGUAAACAACAUAGAAAUAAUAAAAAACAGGCAUUGCUAUGAGUAGGACAAUGACGACUGUCGCUCUCCCCAGACCAAUUCCUCCACAUCGCUCAUCAUCUGGCAUCGUUACCUUAUCUGGCCCAAUAGCGCUCGAGGCUAUCAAUGCCCAACAGGUUUCUAGCGCAGCGCCCGCGCCCAUCCCUAACAAACACAUACCAGUUUGUCCCACCGGCCCAGCACCCGCUCGUGAGCCUAACACGCCUCCACCGUCACCAGGCCGCGAGACUGAGCGACAUAAUGAACGGCGCCGCUCAUCUUUACUGUAUCCACCUGACAAGUUCGAACGACUGGAAUCGGGUUCGCUAUGCCUCUACAAGAUCCACCCUGCUGACGUAGCAGCCGCCGUGGACUAUCUCUCCAGACAGCCUCUACCAGACCCCGCUCUAGUCUUCCCUUGGUUUCAUGGAUUGCAUCCGAGCAAUCAUAUCCAGCAGACAUUCUUUGCUUCGAGGAGCAAGACUGUGCGGCAGAUACCUAAUUGUUUACGUGGGAUCACGUUGGUAAAAGCUGAUGGUGACCUCUCCCACGCACGCCUAAAAGGGGCACUUGCACCUAACGAGUUUAUGCAAUCGGGCUCCGAUGGAGAGUUCGUCGAAGUUGAUCCCAGAGAGGGGUUCUCCGUUCGCAACUUUCAGAUCCAGGCUGCCAAGACGGCCGUAACCUCUGAUAUCAUAGUGUAUGGUGAAGAUGCCGGUCUGGUCCGUAAGUGGGCGUGGGAAAUCGCGUCGGCGCAAGCUAAAUGGAGGAAGAAAUACGAGUCUAUCCCGAAAUAUAGCACAUUUAUUUGUGUUAGUCCGUUCAGAGAAUUUGAAAACAAGCAUGGCGAGAUCGUUGCCGUUAAUUCGGAGGGCCUCUUAACAGGUGCUGUGGUUGACUUCUUCCACCAGGAGCGGUUGGAGAUGUACUCAAUGACGAAAGCAACCGAGAUAUCGCGUAAUGUGUGGAUGGGCCCAACGCCCGAACUUUCGGGAGAUGAGGAACAGUCUUAUGACAUCCUCAUCGAAUGCAGUGAUCUUGGUCGACUGAACCCUGGUGCGCUGCAAGCAAUUGCUGAGAGCACCAACGACGAGGUAAAACAGCCUUACCUCGACUUCCCUUCAUCCGGAAGUAUUCUUCCGCCGACCUGGUCUCACGCCGAAGCUGAUGGUAUCUUGGAUACGUGCAAAUGGCUCUGGCACCUCUCGCACGGAACUUUGCCUAUGAAGUCGGAUACUGAUGUAGACGGUGAUUCGAACAUGUCUGAUACAUCCUCUGCUACCGAGGUCGAGAUGCGUCCCUCGCGGAGGAUUCUAAUACAUUGUGCUGAUGGGUAUACCGAGUCUACCAUGCUCGGCAUCGCAUACUUCAGCUACAGCACCGGCCGACCGAUCCACGAAGCCUGGAUGGACCUGCACACAAAGAUGAAGCGAAACUUCUUCGCCUAUCCGACCGACGUAUCCCUACUAACCACGAUCGCGCCCCGUCUUCUCCACGAAUCCCCCGUCUGUAGUGACAAGAGCCUGCUGGAAAUUACGAACCUCGUGCGCAACGAGCCUAAGUGGCUCGCCUCCCUCGACGGCUCGUUCCCCAGCCGCAUCCUCGACUACAUGUACCUGGGCAACCUCGGACACGCCAACAACCCGGACCUGCUGAAAGCCAUGGGCAUCAACCAGAUCCUCAGCGUAGGCGAGACGGCUAUGUGGCGGGACGGUGACCUCGAGUCCUGGGGCGCGGAUAACGUGCUCGCAGUCGAGAAGGUUCAGGACAACGGCAUCGACCCUCUAACCAAGGAGUUCGAGAAGUGCUUGGAAUUUAUCGAACGCGGCCGACGGAACGGCACCGCCACCCUGGUCCACUGCCGCGUCGGCGUUUCCCGCAGCGCGACCAUCUGCAUCGCGGAGGUGAUGCGGUCUCUUAACCUCUCAUUCCCGCGGGCGUACUGCUUUGUGCGUGCUCGACGACUCAAUGUUAUCAUCCAGCCUCAUCUGAGAUUCGUGUACGAGCUGCUUAAGUGGGAGGAGAUGCUGCAGCUCAGACGUCAAUGGGCUGAGAAUGUCCAUGAUGCCGGGCGAGGUAUCCGAAGGGAACUCGAGUGGGGAGAGAUCGCGCGGGAGAUCGCGUCGAUGAAUCGCCCCUAUGCGAGAUAAGAUGUUUAGAGCCGGCUCUGAUCGAAAUAUUGUAUUUCGAAGCAUUGGGUGUGCAGGCAAUGCUUCGGAACCCAUAAGCUUUGCA